UUUAAUUCCCAGCCUCUCGAUAUAUGAUUGUGAUAGAAUUCUUAGAUCGAGUUGUCUUAAACAUCUAACACAUAGCGCAUCGAGGGAUCGCACAUCUAGUGUCAUAUUCGAAUCUGAUCUCAAGAGCAACUUGAACCCGUUGAGUGUGGGUAACUGACAGGCACGUGCAACGAUCGCUAUCGCUUGGCGUUUCGACAAUCCUUCAACAACCAAUUAAUCUGCGGAUUCCUCUGCGCACCGUUACUUCUCCUGCCGUUUCUCUCCAUCUAGACUUCGUUUGACUGGACUCGUUGUGACCAGGAGUCUUUGCAGAGUUCCCCUCUCAUUUCCUGCGGUCAUCCUGCUUGGUACUUCGUCUCCCCGCAUUCCAAGUAAACAAUCGGCCUAGAGGCGGAGCCCCGUUCAGGAGGUCCUUGAAUCCGGCCCAUCACUCCUUUAAUCUGUGAUUUAUUUUUUAAUCUUUUCGGAGUCAUCGGUUAACGAUCAGGCAUUUGAUCUGGGUUAACCCUGCGUGAGAUUGGGCGUCAUUCACCGAGAACCAUCGACGUGGCAUUCCAGUCCUUGUCCAAGUGGUACCAUUAGGGGGCAACCUCCCUCAUUCUCGACCCCAUCCCUUAUCCCUCCUACCCAGUCAGGCGCGGGCUCAGCAAUGCUCCAAGACCUCGAGCAUCCCUCAAUUACGCCGACGCCCGCCAUUGACGUUCCUAAACCGCCUCCGACCAAAGUUUCUCCGGUCGAUAACCUGCAGCACUCGCUGUCUUACAAUGAUCAGCUGUUGUCCCACCGAGUCACUCCUGCAGCUUCGUUAGCCCAGUGCUCAGAUACCGCUUCUCCACAGCCGGAGAAGCAGAUCGCCCCGAUCCCCAACCCCUCUUUCCACCGACGCGCCAACACCGAAUUUCUCCAUCGACAACCUCCUCCUGCGCCCGCGACACACCUGGUUGCGACUCAACCCAGAACCCUCGAAGACAUCGACACCGCGGAUAGGCGACCGAACCCACCCGGUAACGUCACCCGGAAGAAACUUGAACAAGGCGCAAAACGCCUUUCAGACUGGUUCCAGGGGAACUCCGAUCCGGUGAAUCUGGGCCUUGUCUCCCAGCCGGGGAACCGAGAAACCCACCAGGAAUACAAGAUGGACACCCGAUACUCGCACGACAUUUACGGAUCUCCAACCACGCCCACCAUGAACCGAACACAGAAGCGCAUGACCGCCCCAUCCCCGUUAAAACAAGUGACCUCCACGGGCCCCCUCUCCUUCUUUGGCCUGAAGCGCCAGGAACGGACGGAACUUCCCGUGCCGGCCGAAGAUGAGUUCCUGAAUAUGGACGUCACCGCCGCUCUGUUCCCCCCCGGAUCGGCGGAACUCGACGAACACGAGGCUUUUCUAGCGUUGCGCAACAACGCUAGUAAUGUCCUUCGAAACUUGCAGUCCGCGUACAAACAAAGGACCUUUGCCCUACACGAGGUCCUGGCCGACCGGGUCGAGAAACAGGAAGAGCUCGAAGAGACACGGACGCGUGUCGGACACCUCAAGCUCCAGCUGGACGGGAUGGCGGAACGAGUGCUUCAGCAGGAUAAGGAGAUGAAGGCCAUGGCAGAGGAGUUGGAGCAGGAGAGGCAGCUCCGUCGACGCGACGACGAGGCCCGCCGUCGCAGUGUCAUGCUCGUCCGAUCGAGCGAUGACGACAGCACCUCCGACCUGGGCGGCGACCUCCAAGCCCCCAAACGGAGCUUGAAACGCAACAGCAAUGCGACCUUCACGAGCGACUCGGGCUUCGACUCCGGCGACGAGAGCCUUGCCGAGAGUGUCUUCUCGCGGCGCGAGGGCCUUGAAUCGCCCACCUCGACGGUGGCUCCAUCCCCCAACAUCUCCCAGAUCGCCUUGUCUCCACCAUCGACGGCGUAUCUCCAAGCUAGCCCGAAAGAGACCAAGCCUGCCACCUUAGCCGCACCGCCCCGUCAGUCGGCGUACGAUCGAGUCUUGAAGGGGCUGUCGUGGGGGAACAGUGCCUCCAAGUGCACUAUCUGCUAUGGGGUUCCUGCAUCCGAAGCCUGGAGCGUGAUGGGUGUGUUGAAGGAAGAGAAUCGAGGGUUGAAAGGACGACUGGGGGAGCUUGAGAUGGUCAUUGACGAUUGUCUGAGUGUGGUUGGACCUUGACAGUCCAUGUCUCAUGACAUAACAUUCUACUACAUAUGAUGGGGAUGUGGAUAUACCAGGGAUAUAUGGAGGUGACGAGAAUACGUUUGGGUUGGGUCUGUUUGGAUCAAUCAACAUGAUAUGCGAAGAUACCU